AUGGAGAUUACAGAGAACUCUACUGAAAUGACAACAAAGGACCUACAACAGCUUUCUGUGGUGGAACCAAGAAGAAUUGCAUCUGAUGCUGUGUCAACCAGUGCAGAAGACAAAACUACUUGGGUAGACAACAACAGGGCUGAGCUCAUCCAAAGCAUCUCUGCAGUGAUGCCCAUAGCUGACCUGAUGCUUGAGAGGCACGUAAUCCAUAAAGAGAUGUACAACAAUAUAAGAGCUGCCAGGACAAGCCAAGAUCAAAUGAGGGAGGUCUACAGUGCUCUUACUUCUACAAAAGCAAAAUUUGCUUUCUACAACAUCCUUAGAGAAAUUCAGCCUGAUAUCCAGACAUCUGAAACUAUCUCUACAAAUGCCAUUAAAAAGUACAAAGAGUAUCUAAGAGAAAAAUGCACAUUAGAUGUUGAAGGCCCUGAAAACGCCCGUAUGGAAUCAAAAACAUUGGAUCAAAUUUACACAGAGCUUCACAUUGUACAAGGAGAGAGUGAGCAUGUUAAUAAACAGCAUGAGAUUUGGGAGAUUGAAGAUAAGCUCAGGACUCAAACAGCAGAGGGCAUUAAAAUACAUUGCAAUGAUAUAUUUAAAAGUAAUCCAGAAGAUGUGCCAUCUAGGUGUGACAGAACAAAAGGGAGAUCUAUCAGGAUGGUCAUGACAAAGGGCAUUGCUGGUAUUGGAAAAACUGUUUCUGUGAAGAAGUUUAUCCUCGACUGGUUAGAUGGGAAAGCCAAUCAAGACCUGGAUUUUAUUUUCAUGUUUCCUUUCAGGGAGCUUAAUUUGGUCAAAGAUGAAGAUUUAAGCCUUGAGACACUUGUAAAAGAGUUUUAUGUAGAUUUUAAGGACGUAGCAGUUGCUAAAAUGUUAGCUAAUUGCAAAAUUCUGUUCAUUUUUGAUGGCCUUGAUGAAAGCCAACUUGAACUGAAAUUCAAAACAACAAAAAGGUUGACAGACCCUACAAAGGCAUCAUCAGUGGAUACUCUGGUGAUUAACCUCAUCCGGGAACAUCUUCUUCCUUCUACACUUGUCUGGAUAACUUCAAGACCUGCAGCAAUUCAGCGCGUCCCUAAACAAUACGUCUAUCUAUGGACAGAGGUCAGAGGUUUCAAUGAUCCACAAAAAUUAGAGUACUUCAGGAAAAGAGUUGAAGACAAAGCGAUAGCUGAAAAAAUUAUUACCAGUAUUACAAUGUCACGGAGCCUAUUCAUUAUGUGUCACAUACCAAUUUUCUGUUGGAUAGCCUCGAAAGUUCUGGAGCAUUUGCUUUUAAAGAUAGGAAACGGUCAAGAAGAAAACAUAAAGACACCCACAACACUUGUUGAAAUGUACACACACUUCUUUUGCAUUCAGAUGGAGGUAGCAACUGAAAAAUAUGACAACGAGACUUAUUCGGAAAUUGCAGAGAUCUUUGAGUCAAAUAAGGAGUUCAUCUUCAAAUUAGGUAGAAUGGCGUUUGAAAAACUGGAAAGAGGUGAAAUUGUAUUCACUAAUGAUGAUCUGAAAAAAUAUGGCCUUGACAUAGAGAAAGCUGGAGUGUACUGUGGAUUGUGUACAUCAAUAUUCAAAGAGGAGAGUGUUUUUCACUCAAAGAAACUUUAUUGCUUUGUGCAUUUGACAGUUCAAGAAUAUUUUGCGGCCCUGUUUGUUUACAAGAGUUUUGCAAGUAAAACUAUUGAUUCUCAAAACCUCAAGGCCUUUUUGCUGAAAGGAUCUGAGGAUGAGCUCAAAGCCAUCUUGGAUGCAGAUCCAAUUGAUCUACCUUUGGAUGAGCUAAUUGAAAUUACAAUAGCUAAUUCCGCUCUGAGAAAGACUGGAGAGUUGGACAUGUUUCUCAGGUUCCUCAUUGGCAUGUCUUUGAAGUCAACACAAGAACUGCUUCAAGGAUUAAUUCAGCAAACAGAAGAACACUCUGAAGUUGUUGAGAAAAUAAGGACAAGUCUAACAGACAUGGAUUUAUUAGAUUGCUCAGCUGAUAGAUGUCUGAACCUUGUUCACUGUUUGACCGAAUUGAAAGACAGUUCCUUAUAUGAGAGUGUGAGUCAGUUUGUGAAUUCCAAUCAAAGUCCAGAAACACAACUCUCUCCUGUUCAAUGCUCAGCUUUGGCCGACCUAAUUCUAAUUUCCAAAACACCUAUUGAAGAAUUCAACCUGAAGAAAUACAGACCAACAAGAAAAGGUGUUUUCAGGCUUGUCCCAGCUGUGAGGAACAGCAGAAAAGCAAGAAUCUCGGGUUUUGAUUUUGAGUCUUCUAUAAGUGAAACAAUCUCUUCAGCUUUGUGGAUGCCACACUCUGUGCUAACUGAACUACACUUGAUAAAUUGUAUCUUCUUUGAUAAAGGUACAGAAAUCUUGAUUGAUGGACUGAAAAACUCUCAGUGUAAAUUAGAGGCUCUCAGUCUCUCGGGAGACAAUUCUUCAGGAGUAAUGCAAGAAAAUAUUGCAUCUGCUAUUAAAUCCAUUCUCCCAAAUCUAAAAGAGCUGGAACUGAGUGGUGACGUUUUGAUGGAAUCACCAUUGUUGUCUGUGAUUUCUGUAGGGCUAAGCAGCCAUAAACUGGAGAAGCUCAGGCUAAACCAAAACGGUGGCAUUAGCGAUAUCUGCAAGGAGAUUGUGACAACAGUCACGUCUAACUCAUCUAAUCUGCGAGAGCUUGAACUGAGUUUCACCAAGUUUAAAGACUCUGAAAUGGAGAUCCUCUCAGCUGCACUGAUGAACACAAACUGUACACUGGAGGCACUGAGCCUUAGUCACAACAAGCUGACUGCAAAAGGUUGUGAGACCCUUGCCUCAGCACUCCUCUCCAGACCUUCAUCUUUAAGAAAGCUGGACCUGAGCUACAAUGAUCUGUGUGAUGCUGGAGUGACGGAGCUUUGCAAUGUGCUGAGGACUCCAUUCUGCACUUUGAGAACACUUGGGUUGUCAUUUUGUAAAGUGACAGUCGAUGGAUGUUCUUCUCUGGCAUUAGCUCUGACAUCUGCUCACUGCGUCCUCAAAGAGCUGGACCUCAGCUUUAAUUACCUGACAAAUGAAGGAGUCAAGCUGCUGACUGAACAACAGAGGGCUCCACACUGCAGUCUGCAAUGCCUCAAUGUGGACCACAAUGAAGAAUGCUGGGUUAACUUGAAGCUGCUACAAGAGUAUGCCUGUGAUUUGACUCUGGACAUCAAUACAGCUGGGGCAAAUAUAAUUUUGAGCUCAAAGAACAAAAUAGCAUCAUUUUGUGAUAAGAAGCAACCAUAUCCUGAUCAUCCAGACAGAUUUAAGCUCCUUCAAGUGCUGUGUAAAGAGAGUCUGACAAAUCGCCAUUACUGGGAAGUUGAGUGUGACUUUGAGGCUGAUGUAGGAGUGGCAUACGGAAGUAUUGCCAGGCAGGAUGACUGUACAAAUGUCUUUCAGACAAGUGAAAAAUCUUGGUGUUGGAACACAAAUGGAGUUUUUUUUCACAAUGGUUCCUGUCAAAAGUUUUUGGUGGACCAAGCAAACACAGUAGGAGUGUAUCUGGACUGGCCAGCUGGUGUAUUACUGUUCUUCGAUGUCUCUUCUGGUUCUAAGACCCACCUGUAUACUGUACACACAAUGUUCACCGAACCACUCUAUCCUUGUUUAAAACUUGAGCUGGGAACCUUAAAGCUAACUUAACAUAAACUUAAGACAUUUACAAUGGCACAAAAA